AUGCGUUCCCAGCUUUUCUCAACCUCCGCCGCGAUCCAGCAAUCCCGCCGACCCUCCCCAUCACCCCCUACAACAACCAUCGUCUCAGUCCCCUCCAAAUCCGAAAUAAAUGCCCCAAUUAGCACACACCCUGCUCCCCUCACAACCCCAUCUCCUCUUUCUCCAUCUGCAGGCGUAGCAGAUAAACUAAAACGCUAUGUGGAAUUCGGCCGUGCAUACGUGACCUUCUACAAAACGGGCCUGAAAAAUGUUUAUCACAACUACCGCGCCUCACUCCCUCUACGGAGAAAGCUAGGCCUGCCCGCCUAUAUCCCCAUAUCCCCGCCGCGGACAAGCACACAUAACAACAAGAACCGCAGCGCGCCAUCAAUAACAAAAGAAUCCAAGCUCGGCCGCGCACAGUUCCAGCUCGUCCGCCGCUCGGCCCGCGAUGUUCGCCGCAUGAUCCCCUUCACACUGAUCCUAAUCGUCUGCGGCGAGUUCACACCUCUGAUCGUCCCGAUUUUCGGCUCUGCCAUUACACCUGCGACGUGUCGUGUGCCUUCGCAGGUGGAGAAGGAGCGCGUUGCUGCUACGGCGCGCAAACUCGCGGCACUGGAUGUGUUUGUUACUGAGAAUAAGGAUCGGUCUGUGCAUGUGCUCAAGGCGGGCGGUGCGGAGCAGUUGGGUCUUCUUGCUGGGUGUUUUGCUGAUUCUGUCUGGGUCGCUGGUGCGAGCUCCGCUGAUGUGUUGCGUGCCUGUGCUAUUUUCGGCCUGGUUAAGCGACAUGAUAAGACUGCGGGCGAGUCGCUUGCUGGUUUGAUCUACCGGCCUCGGCUGGCGCGGUAUGCCGAGUAUCUGGCUAUUGAUGAUGGAAUGAUUCGUGUUGGUGGAGGGGUUAGGGCUAUGAAUGCUACUGAGUUGCGGAUUGCGGUCGAGGAACGUGGUGGUGUAGACGUCUCUUCUGGUACCCAAGACCGGAAACGGGUGGAGGAGUUGGAGAGGCGCUGGUUGGAGCAGUGGCUGGCUGUUCGUGGAAACAGUCCCAAGUCCAAGAAGCCGUAG